AUGUGCGACGACGAUGUUGCUGCGCUCGUAGUGGACAAUGGCUCCGGUAUGUGCAAGGCCGGCUUCGCCGGUGACGACGCACCGCGCGCCGUGUUCCCGUCCAUCGUCGGUCGCCCACGCCACCAGGGUGUGAUGGUCGGUAUGGGCCAGAAAGACUCCUAUGUAGGUGACGAGGCCCAGAGCAAGAGGGGUAUCCUCACCCUGAAGUACCCCAUCGAGCAUGGCAUCAUCACCAACUGGGACGAUAUGGAGAAGAUCUGGCACCACACCUUCUACAACGAACUGCGUGUCGCCCCCGAAGAGCACCCCGUCCUGCUCACCGAGGCCCCCCUGAACCCUAAGGCCAACAGGGAAAAGAUGACCCAGAUCAUGUUUGAGACCUUCAACUCACCUGCCAUGUACGUCGCCAUCCAGGCCGUGCUCUCCCUGUACGCCUCUGGUCGUACCACCGGUAUCGUCCUCGACUCUGGUGAUGGUGUCUCCCACACCGUCCCCAUCUACGAAGGUUACGCCCUUCCCCACGCCAUCCUCCGUCUGGACUUGGCCGGCCGUGACUUGACCGACUACCUCAUGAAGAUCCUCACUGAGAGGGGCUACUCUUUCACCACCACCGCUGAGAGGGAAAUCGUGCGUGACAUCAAGGAGAAGCUCUGCUAUGUCGCCCUGGACUUCGAGCAGGAAAUGGCCACCGCUGCCGCCUCCACCUCCCUCGAGAAGUCCUACGAACUUCCCGACGGUCAGGUCAUCACCAUCGGUAACGAGAGGUUCCGUUGCCCUGAGGCUCUCUUCCAGCCUUCCUUCUUGGGUAUGGAAUCUUGCGGUAUCCACGAGACCGUGUACAACUCCAUCAUGAAGUGCGACGUUGACAUCCGUAAGGACCUGUACGCCAACACUGUCAUGUCCGGUGGUACCACCAUGUACCCCGGUAUCGCCGACAGGAUGCAGAAGGAGAUCACCGCCCUCGCUCCUUCCACCAUCAAGAUCAAGAUCAUCGCUCCCCCCGAAAGGAAGUACUCCGUAUGGAUCGGUGGUUCCAUCCUGGCUUCCCUGUCCACCUUCCAGCAGAUGUGGAUCUCCAAGGAGGAGUACGACGAGUCCGGCCCUGGCAUCGUCCACCGCAAGUGCUUC